UACCCACGUGCAGCGCUAACAGCUGCUAUAUAGAUUGCGAAACUAAUUAAUAAGACAAAAGCAAAGAAGCAGCGUGCAUGUUUUCUCAUACACAUCAUAGUCACCAAACAACUUUGAAAAUUUGCAGUGUUUUCAAGUAUAGAAGAAAUCCAGUAAGGACCACCAGUCCAGGAGACAGCCAGCCAGUUGCAGAAGAGGUUGGAUAGUUAAUCCAGAAUGACAAGACUGGCCACGCUCAUGGUCUCACAGACAUCUGUAAAGUGAUCUUCUACACCUUGUCUGGACAAAACUUGGAGUAGUUGCUUUAUAGUGCUUGCAAAAAGAGGUGGAAACCUGUUUAUCAUUUUCUUUUAGUUUAAUUCUGUUACCAUUCUUUAUUGUUUUAAGGAAGACAAUGUCCAGCCAGGGCAGUUUGAUUUUUGUGUUUGUCCACCUAAUAGUCCUUGGCCUUACUGGAGCAGUGAAAGACUAUCAUGAUCCGGAUCCUUUGAACAGCCAGCAGAGGGCAAAAAAUCAUGCCGAUGUUAUCCUCAGUACAGGGGAUGCACAGGUAUAUUUAUAUAAGUAUGGCUGGCUUAAACCGGUGGAGUGGGAGACCUAUGCACUUAAGCAUGUGCCAGAGUCUCAGGAAGAGAAUAAGUCACCAAAGGAAAAUUCUCUUUUUGUUGGUAGCUCAGAAUUUGCCAUGGCAUUGGAGUAUUUCCAAGAGUUUAUUGGAUUACCUACAACAGGCAUAUUUGACGAUGCUACAAAAGAAGCCAUGAAUAAGCCUCGCUGUGGAGUACCAGAUUAUGUUUCAGAUGGCUGGGUAGAGAACAGCAACCUACCCAACACAGAUGCAAAGGCCAUUACUCAGGAAUUUAAUGCCACUGAAAAUUCUGUAUCUGGGAAUCAUUCACUUGUAUCUAACAGCAGUGACGUUUAUGUAAGUACAAUGAAAUCUGCUCGUGUCCGCAAGAAACAUCUCUUACAGGUGCUUGUGGAACAUUCUCGUAAAAAAAGGAGCAGUCUCAACAAAGAUGGACUUGCAACACAGGGCUUUCAAAAGCAGAUACUGAAAUGGCGUCUGAUAGGUGAGGGAUAUAGUGUUCAACUGCCAAUAGACAAACAGAGGGAAACCCUUAAGACAGCUUUUCGCAUGUGGAGUGAAGUUGUACCACUGUUGUUUGAAGAGGAUCUUUCAUCACCAGCCAAUAAAAUUGACAUAAAACUGGGCUUUGGAACAAGACGACACCUGGGCUGCUCACAGAUAUUUAAUGGCAUAGGACAGCAAUAUGCGCAUGCCUGGUUCCUAGGAGACGUGCACUUUAAUGAUGAUGAGCAUUUUGUGACACCCAACCAUGAGCAAGGAAUCAGCUUGCUAAAUGUGGCUCUUCAUGAGAUAGGCCAUGUCCUUGGACUAACUCAUUCCUCACGUAAAACCUCCAUAAUGCAGCCAAACUACAUCACACAGAACACUAGAGUACAGCUGGACAUGCUGGACAGAAAGGCACUGCAGCAGAUCUAUGGUGUCUGUGAAGGUACAUUUGAUGUUGUCUUUGAUUGGGUCAGGAAAGAAAACGGGACAAAUAUGGCAUACUACAAUACCUAUUUCUUUAGAAAAAGCUGGCAUUGGAUGUAUGAUAAUCAGCACAACCAGACACGCUAUGGGGACCCUAUCCUUAUUGAACAUAAAUGGCAUGGUAUACCGACUUCAGAUAUUGAUGCAUUUGUCCACAUCUGGACUUCAGAUAAAGACUAUACACUGUUUUUUAAAGGGACUCAGUAUUGGAGAUAUGACAAUGAAAGAGAUGAGGCAUUUGCUAUGGAUCAUGAAGAAAAAAAAUAUCCUCGACUCAUAAAAGAAGAGUUUCCUGGCAUAUUUAGUCCUCUUGAUACAGCAUUUUUUGACAGGCGAGACAACAACAUCUACUUCUUCAAAGGCAGUGAGGUAAUAGCAUUUAAUGUGGACCAGCAUGCAAUAGUCAAAGGAUACCCAAUGCAGAUUGUGGAUGCAUUUCCUGCAGUAACAAGUGGAGACCAUCCUCACAAUAACCUGAAUUCUGUUUAUUACUCUUAUGCCUACAAAAGAAUAUUCUUUAUGAAGGGAAAACUCUUUUGGAAGGUAGUAGAUGACAAUGAAAGGAGGAAAUAUAACAGUGAAUUGCCCUAUAAUGGCUUACAGAUAGGAGGCUAUGUCAAGGACCAGUGGACUGACAUUUGUGAUGUUCAUUCCUCUAUGUUGUCUAUAACAACACUGUAGUAACUGAAGUAUAUUAAAUGAAGUGCAAUGAUUUAUAAGUAUUCAUAUAACAACACUGUAGGAACUGAAGUAUAUUAAAUGAAGUGCAAUGAUUUAUAAGUAUUCAGGGAAUGACAUGAAACAUGUUGUACUUCCGAUUUACAAGUGCCAGAUAUUGUUAUACUUAUUAUUCUUUUGUUUGAUAAAAAAGGAUGCAUUUUCAUUUUUAAAACUGACCCGUUUGCUUGAAAUUAUAUAUCAGCUUGUGAUGUUUCAUUUUCUAGCAUUUGAGAUCAUCACCUACUAGUCAGAGAUAGACUAACAAGUUUGUUAUUUCCGGUGUCAUGAUUUUUCACAGCAGUUAUCUAUCUGCUAUGUACUAAAUGCAUAAGCUUCUGUGAUGAAUACAUUAAAAGGUGUAUAUACGUGGUCAAA